AUGCUUGUUUCCAGAGUUCCACGAGCCCUCAGAUCCACCAGAAGCUGUUCAGCAGUAUGGAAUUACUAUAACCAAGCUAGCCCUCUUUUUAGCGGCUUCAAAAGACUAUAUUCAAGCGAUCCUCAGCUCAAAGUAUCAUCAGAAACUCCAGCAACCGAAGAAGCUGAGUCUUCAAAUGGUUCAACAACUGCUACUGCUCAACCUUGGUACUUGAAUGUAGUGAAAGAUCAGAUUCAGGAAACCUCAUUUCAGCUCCAGGAGCUGAGUUUCCCACGGGACUCGCCUGAAUCUCUUCGAGCUCUAACUACUUUCCUCAGAGACGAUUUAGGUUUAUCUGACAUCAUUAUCUUCGAUUUGAGGGAGUCGAAAGACUCUCAAACUACCGCAGUUGCCAGGAUUAGUGAUUUCAUUGUAAUGGCGACCGCACGGUCCGGAAAACAUUGUCACAAAAGUUUUAUCGAGAUUAAUGCCUUGUUGAAACAGAAAUUUCAAACACUAGCGCAUGUGGAAGGCAAUAUAAGUGCGAACGAGCUGCGCCGGCGGCAACGCCGACUUGCGAGACACACUAAUUUGAGCAAGAAUAUGGGAUCCCGGAGUCCCACCACUAGGAGCGGAGCGCAAACUGAAUCUUGGUAUAUGAUCGACUGUCAUCUCGAUAACAUCUUUAUCAAUGUUCUGACCGAAAAUCGAAGAAAGGAGCUGAAUCUUGAAGAAUUAUACGCCGCUCCCGAGGACAAGCACUUGUACCGUCGUCAAGAAAUGAGCUCUGAAGUCACUCCAGAUGAAGACGACGACAAUGUGUUAGCUGGGUUGAAAAGGUUGGCUGUCAGGAACCAAAGGAGAUACUACUCAACGAUUUCUGAUAGGAGGCUAAUUGUAACAGAGCUUUCGCAACAGAAUUUUGAACGUGCAUAUUCUUUGGUUCGCAAUCAGCCGUCACUGCAUGUUCUAAAAACCAUCAACUCUGCGCUGGAAUCAAUGCCUUCAAAUACACCGCUACAAGUGGAGAACUGGUUGCAAUUUUUCAAUCACGUAUGGUCUGCACAAGAUGCCCAAAAGCCAGAAUACUGGGAACUGAGGCUCCACUUUUUGCAACUUUUGAACUGUUCGAAGGCUUCUCAAUUCGGUGCAGAUGACAUUUUCAGCAAUUAUUUACAAUUCAAGCUGGCUAGUGGGGUACAAAUUUCCAAAACAGAUUUGACUGAAUUUUUACGAUUAAUUUGUAACAACCUUCAAGAAGGUACAAAUAAUUACGAGGAGCUUGCGAGAACGAACCAAACUGUUGUUGAAGCUUUAAAGCUAUACAAGGGCAUUGACCCUCAGAUAAUACUAGAUGAAGAGGUAAUGUGUUUAGUGUUGCAGACCAUGAGCAAUUCCAAGACCUCUCUUAAAGCACUCAACGAAAUGAUCAGUUACGUCUGUGCAGAAUUCUCUCCACAGAUUCCCGGUUCUGUGAUAAGCACUAUCUUGCAGGCACUGUCGCAAAAUCGAGAGUAUCUGGGGAUUUUGAAGUUUUGGGAAAGAGGCAUAGAUUUGAAAAAGACUAAUGAUUAUAGGCCUUGGCAUCUUUUUGUUAACACGAUCGCAAAUUCAGAGGACCAAAGUUUAAUGAAAAAAGUUCUAAAUGAUGGCCAUCUUUUAUGGAUCAAGCGCAAUAAUAUUGAAAUGAGCCCUCAACUCCGAAAUGCAUUAGACAAACUCUUCAUCGCCGUGGACCCGGAAAAUAUUGCAUACGAAGAUCUAAAAGACUUUUUGGUCGAUGGCCCCAAAUAG